CUAGUGGGUCAGUCGAAAUUUGAAAAGCUGAAUGAGACGUUUGUUCGCUGCUGCUUAUCUUCACAGCGCUAAACAUGGAAUAUUUCAAAAUUGCUUUGGUUUUACUGGCGUUAUGUGCCUACAGCUCAGCAUUUACUCGCUUGCCCAGAAGUAAUGAGGAGAGUGACGAUGAUGUGACGACAAAUAAGCCCCUAGGAAUCGCUUCAGUUAAGUCACGUGCCAUCGCCAUGGACCGAGGCCUCUGCCGGGAACUUUCGCGCUAUCACCCACAUUAUCCACGCUGCCAGGAAUAUUGUAAGAAGCUCAACCACUGGAUGGGAAUGUGCCGACGUGAGAGCUGUCAUUGUUAUUCUUAGAGACAAAGAAUUUAUUGUACCAGUUUGUGCUUCUACUUAAUUGAAAGUGUGCUAUAAUAAAUAUUUGAUAGUGCAAAGUGCCAAA